AUAGAGCAAGUAUAGUACAGAGCAAAUCUAUCAAAUUUUCAAGCAGAUGAGCAACGCAGAGCCAUCGAUUCAACGGAUAAAAUGGUGCCAUUGUCUGCUGUUAUUACCCUUAUGUCUGAUGGUACAAAUUUCUGUGGCCCUCCAACAGGGCAGAAUUAUCGGCGGAAAGCUGGAUACAAUAGAAAAUAAUCCCUGGUUGAUAUCGGUCACCAGUCAAGAAUUUGGUGGCCAUUUUUGUGGGGGUUCAUUGAUUACACCUUCAUGGGUGUUGACAGCGGCGCACUGUUUGGCUGAGGUUCCUGAUAAGAAAAGUCUCCUGUUACGGGCUGGAUCUGACCACAAAAAUUCCGGAGGAGAAAUCCGGAAGGUGAGACAAAUGAUAAUACAUCCCGACUACCAACGGAAUUAUCCAAUGGAUUACGACUACGCCCUUAUGGAGACACGAAGACCAUUUGAGUUAGGUCCUAAAAUAGCUGUUGUACAAUUAGCCAGUUUUGAGGACAUUCUACACAUUAACCAGGACUGUAAAAUAGCCGGUUGGGGUGUAACGAACAAUCCGGCGCAAAUUCACCGACCACUGAAAAGUGCCAUCGUAAAAGUAGGAAAACUCGAAGACUGUAGAGCGAAAUACUUGCCAGAUAUAAUAACGAAUAAUAUGUUCUGCGCCGGAGGCAAUGGCAAUGAUGCUUGCCAGGGUGACUCUGGCGGUCCGAUCAUUUGCGGUGGCAAGCAAUUCGGAAUCGUUUCCUGGGGAAGAGAGUGUGGUUUAAUAGAUUACUAUGGAAUUUACGCUAGUGUAACAGUAAUCCGGAGAUGGAUUUUCGAUUAUACCGGCGUUUGA